UUCUCGACAACCAGUCGUCAUUUUUGCAUUUGCCCUGCAUACAUUCGAGAUGGGUAAUAUCCGCCAAGCAAAGAAGAAUCGCUCCUCUGCGCCUAAACAGAAACCCAAGCGGUCUGGCGUGCUCAAAAACGGAAAGAAGAAGAUCAAUGUUCUGGGCAAUGCUAUUAUCGCGGAAAAUUGGGACCGCAAGUCGACGCUCACACAAAACUACCGCCGUCUAGGUCUUGUCCAUCGACUCAACGCCCCAACUGGAGGAUCCGAGAGGCGCAAGACUGAGAAUGGCUUGGAGGAGGAGGUCGCGGACUCGCUACACAUCAAGGGCAGUGUGGAUGCCAUGAAAAACGAUGCUGUGAGCGAGUUGAAGGUCGAGCGUGAUCCUGAAACCGGCAAGAUUCUUCGGGUUAUCCGUAAGGAGGACGACCAGGUCGAGGUCGCGGGACGCAAAGUCCGCCGCUCAAACCCGCUUAAUGAUCCACUGGACGAUCUGUCCGACAAUGAUGAAGACCUGACACCGCAAGAGAAAAGGUCCGCGAGUAAGAUUGUGCAGCAGCUUGAAAGGCAAGCCGAUACCGAGGGACAAGCCCCCAAGAAGCCGCGCCACCAAAGCAAACGGGAGGAAGAAUGGAUUGCGAGAUUGGUUGAGCGACACGGCGAUGACUACCAGGCUAUGGCUCGGGACAGGAAACUCAACCCCAUGCAGCAGACGGCAGGUGAUUUACGACGAAGGAUCAACAAGUUUAAGGCGACUUAGGCUUUGAUUGUUUUCUGGUUGAAAGCGCAUAUGCGGCGAAUACGGCGUUAGGUUGAUUUCGGGCAAAAGUGUCUAUAUGGGAUUCUAGAGUUGGUUGAUUGUUGAUGUUCGACCCGUUUACUUUCCAAAUAGACAUGCAAAGUGUGUCUGUAUAGUGCACUGGCAUUGAUAUCCACAUAUAUACUACUAUACCCUCUAAUUACAAUGGGUUCCCUGGUAUUCCGCU